AUGGCUUCGUCCUCUUCACAUCGACUCUGGAACUAUGAUGUCUUUCUCAGCUUCCGAGGAGAAGACACACGCAAAAGCUUCGUUAGCCAUUUGCAUAAAGCGCUUGUUAGUAGGGGAAUUGUUACUUUCAAAGACGACCGUAAGCUUGAGAUCGGAGAAUCUAUUUCUGAGGAACUCUGCAAAGCCAUACAGAGUUCAAGAUUUGCUGCUGUAGCUAUCUCCGAGAACUACGUUACUUCAAGGUGGUGCUUGGAGGAGCUCCGAUUGAUUAUGGAACUUCAGGGAAAGAAGGAGAUUGAAGUCGUUCCUAUUUUCUAUGGUGUGAAUCCCUCUGACGUGAGAAAUCAGAGAGGAAGUUUUGCUUUAGAAUGGUACCAAGGUUUAGAAAUGGCCGACAAGGUUCUUGGAUGGAGAGAAGCACUUACUCGUAUCGCCAACCGAAAGGGCAAGGUUCCACACAAUGAUUUCAGUGAUAUUGUCGGGAUGAAAACACAUGAGGAAGGUCUCAGUCCUCUCUUGAACAUGGACGCCAAUGAUGAGGUUCGUAUGAUAGGAAUAUGGGGAAUGGGAGGCAUUGGCAAAACCACCAUAGUCAAGAGAAUUUCUUCCAAACAUGGUCUCUUAUACUUACAAGAACAGCUUCUUUCCAAUAUUUUGGGUGAAGAACAUGUUAAGUUGUGGAGUGUGGAACAAGGUGUUCACUGUAUCAAGUCAAGGCUUGGACACCUCAAAGUUUUUAUUAUCCUUGAUGAUGUGAAUGAUGUGAACCAGCUGCAUGCACUGGCAAAAGAGGCUAGAUGGUUUGGACUAGGCAGUCGAAUUAUUGUAACAACACGAGACAAGAGCUUGCUUAACAACUCUUGUGGAGUAAGAUUUGUUUACGAUGUUAAGUUCAUGGAUAAUGAUACUGCCCUCAAACUCUUCGAGCAGGUUGCUUUUGAAGGAGGACAUCCUCCUUCUCAUGUCUACAAAGAUCUCUCAAUUUGUGCUACAGGGCUUGCACAAGGUCUUCCUUUGGCCCUUGAGGCUUUUGGCUUUUAUCUCCAUGGCAAGUCCAUAGUGGAGUGGAAAGAUGGUUUAAAAUCGUUUGAAGAAGCUCCUUACGAAAACAUUACGAGUAUCUUGAAUAUUAGCUACAAUAGCUUAGACGAAGUUGGUAAGGCUGCUUUUCUUCAUGUCGCAUGUCUUUUCAAUGGAGACCCAGUCCUACGAGUCAGUACCCUUCUUAAUCGCGGUGAAUUUGAGAUAAGACAUUUAGCCAAAAAGUCUCUCAUUGACAUAUCAACUGAUGGGUGUAUAGCUAUGCAUGGUUUGGUAGAGCAAACGGGAAGACAUAUCGUGCGUCCAGAAUCUGGAAGCAGACCUGCCAAACAACGCAUCUUGUGGCAUCCUGACGACAUAUAUGCACUACUGGCAAACUAUGCAGGUACAAGCAAAAUUGAAGGCAUCACACUCGAUGUUAGUGCACUGCCCCAUAGCUUUCUGUUGAUGUAUGAAAUCGACAAUAUAAAUGAUAUCAAUAAAGUGGGAUGA